CUCAGGAUGGCCCUUUCUAAGCGGGAGCUGGAUGAGCUGAAGCCAUGGGUGGAGAAGACUGUGAAGCGUGUCCUGGGCUUCUCAGAACCCACCGUAGUCACAGCUGCAUUGAACUGUGUUGGGAAGGGGAUGGAUAAGAAGAAGGCGGCUGAUCACCUCAAGCCCUUCUUGGAUGAUUCCACCUUGCGGUUUGUGGACAAGCUCUUUGAAGCGGUUGAGGAAGGCCGAAGCUCCCGGCACUCCAAGUCCAACAGUGACCGGAACCGAAAGAGGGAGUUGAAGGAUGUGUUCGGCGACGACUCUGAAAUUUCGAAGGAGUCCUCGGGUGUCAAGAAACGUCGUAUCCCACGCUUUGAAGAAGUCGAGGAAGAGCCUGAGGUCAUCCCUGGGCCACCGACCGAAAGUCCAGGGAUGCUGACUAAAUUGCAGAUCAAGCAAAUGAUGGAAGCAGCAACGCGGCAGAUUGAGGAGAGGAAGAAACAGCUGAGCUUCAUCAGCCCUCCUGCGCCUCAGCCGAAAGCUCCGGCGGCGGCCCAGCCCGAGCGCCUCCCCAUCGGCAACACCAUCCAGCCCUCGCAAGCGGCCACCUUCAUGAACGACGCCAUCGAGAAAGCCCGGAAGGCGGCCGAGCUGCAGGCCCGGAUUCAGGCUCAGCUGGCCUUGAAGCCCGGGCUCAUUGGCAACGCCAACAUGGUGGGCCUGGCCAACCUUCACGCCAUGGGCAUCGCACCACCGAAAGUGGAGCUCAAGGACCAGACCAAGCCGACGCCCCUGAUCCUGGACGAACAGGGCCGUACCGUGGACGCCACGGGCAAGGAGAUUGAACUGACCCACCGCAUGCCGACCCUCAAGGCCAACAUACGGGCCGUGAAGAGGGAGCAGUUUAAGCAGCAGCUGAAGGAGAAGCCCUCCGAGGACAUGGAGUCCAACACCUACUUUGACUUCCGGGUCUCCAUCACCCCCGCCCAGCGGCCAAAGCGCACCUUCAAGUUCCACGAAAAGGGCAAGUUUGAAAAGAUUGCCCAGAGGUUGCGGACAAAGGCCCAGCUGGAGAAACUCCAGGCUGAAAUCUCUCAAGCGGCCAAGAAGACUGGAAUUCACACCUCGACCAAACUGGCCCUGAUCACUCCCAAGAAGGAGCUGAAGGAGGGCGACGUCCCCGAGGUGGAAUGGUGGGACUCCUACAUCAUCCCUAACGGCCUGGACAUAAAAGAAGCGGAUUCGUUGAAAAGAGAGGACUAUUUUGGCAUCACGAAUCUGGUGGAGCACCCGGCGCAGUUAAACCCUCCAGUGGACAGUGACAUGCCAGUGACCUUGGGAGUGUAUCUCACCAAAAAAGAGCAGAAGAAAUUGCGGCGUCAGACCCGGCGGGAAGCCCAGAAGGAGCUCCAGGAGAAAGUGAGGCUGGGCCUCAUGCCCCCUCCGGAACCAAAAGUACGGAUCUCCAAUCUGAUGCGCGUUCUGGGAACGGAAGCCGUCCAGGACCCGACCAAAGUGGAAGCCCAUGUCCGGGCCCAGAUGGCCAAGAGGCAGAAAGCUCAUGAAGAGGCCAACGCGGCACGGAAGCUCACCGUGGCCCAGAGGAAAGCCAAGCAAGUGAAGAAGCUGAAGGAAGAUAUCUCUCAGGGGGUUCACAUAUCUGUCUAUAGGGUCCGAAACCUAAGCAAUCCUGCCAAGAAAUUCAAGAUCGAAGCCAAUGCCGGCCAGCUGUACCUCACAGGUGUUGUCGUUUUGCACAAAGAUGUGAACGUGGUGGUAGUAGAAGGAGGCCCCAAAGCACAGAAGAAAUUCAAGCGGCUGAUGCUGCAUCGGAUAAAAUGGGACGAGCAGACAUCGAACACAAAGGGAGAUGAUGAUGAUGAAUCUGAUGAGGAGUCCGUGAAAAAGACGAACAAAUGUUCUCUGGUGUGGGAGGGCACAGCAAAGGACCGCAGUUUCGGUGACAUGAAAUUCAAGCAGUGCCCCACUGAGAACAUGGCGCGAGAACACUUUAAAAAACACGGCGCAGAGCAUUACUGGGACCUGGCUCUGAGCGAGUCCGUGUUGGAAUCCACAGACUGAAGGCCCUUCCCGCGACCCUUUUCGGCAUUUGCUGUGUUUAACGUUGUGAGCAAGAA